AGUGUGUAGUCUGCCGAGGUGUGUAGCCUACCGAAGUGUGUAGUCUGCCGAGGUGUGUAGCCUACCGAAGUGUGUAGUCUGCCGAGGUGUGUAACCUGCCGAUGUGUGUAACCUGCCGAUGUGUAUAUCCUGCCGAUGUGUGUAGCCUGCCGAGAUGUGUAGCCUUCCGAUGUGUGAAUCCUGCCGAGGCGCGGACAGUGACAGUGAAGCAACAGACAUGGAACGAAAAUGCCGCGUUCUCCGUCACCUCCCCAACAAGCUACGACGUUUUCUGCUGCUCUUACUGUGUGCCACCUUCGUCUGCAUCCCCAUCAGUAUUUACGUUUGGGACCAAGCGACGGAGGCGGCUAAUGAGAAGUUCCUCUACCUCACCUCUCUCAAGACUGAGUACGACCAUUACACCGACCAGGAAAGCAUCAGGGAGGUGUACGCGAACCCAGCCAUCGAUAGCUCAGUGACAGAAGACAAGGAUAAGAUUCUGGCCGCACUGCCUAACCUGCCCCUCAGUUACCGCAAAAAGUUAAACCCACACGUCAGUCCUGGUCACGUCAAGUGUGCUAGGUAUCCCUCGCUCUUCGACAUCCAGUUUAGUAACAUAUACUGGCAGGCUCUUCAUACCAGCAAUGGUACCUUCUAUCUAUACAACUCCUUUUACGACAACCGCACUUUGUCCAAAGAUGCUCCUUCCAUUCGCAUUCUUGGCAUGGCCAAUCGCAUCAGACCUACUGUGGAGACCAACUGCCAGCUUUGGUUUGAUGGUGAGAAGGGUCCCAUUAUUUCCAAGGUUAAGGAAUAUAAAUACAUAUGGAUUAGAGGUUGGGGUAAUUACAGGCAAGGUGUACUGCAGCCGUACCUGAUCCAGUGCGUGGUGCCGCCUACACACGUCAAGCGGGUGCCAGAGUCAGUGUCGUUGGUAGAGUUACCCUGUGACAAGCCCUUCAACAACCUGCGGGUUAUCAAGAAUGAGCCAACAGGAGGUCAGAAGGAGGACUUUGCGGUGUGCGUCAAAGGGUUGGACUUCUCUUAUGUCGAUAACAGCAUCAUGAUGGUGGAGUGGUUGGAGCUGCUCCAUCUUCUCGGGGCUAACAAGGUGUUUCUCUAUGAGAUGGGAAUACACCCAAAUGUUUCUAAAGUGUUAAAGUAUUACGAGUCCCUCGGGCGGGUUGAUAUUACUAAAUUAACACUACCGGGUGAACAACCAAACGCACGAGGCUUAUUACACAUGUAUCUAAAGGCUAAAAUGGUACAUAAACGCCAGAAUGAAGUAAUUCCGUACAACGACUGCUUGUACAGGAACAUAUACCGUUAUAAAUAUGUAGUGUUACUUGACACGGAUGAGUUUAUCAUGCCCAGGAAAACUCCAAACUGGAAGUCGCUCAUUGAACAGCUGCUGGCGGUCACGGAGGGGCAGCCCAGGUCGUCUUACUGUGCUCGUAACGUGUAUUUCCUGGACUCCAUGCAGGACGCUCAUGGCAAAGUGCCAGGCGUGCCACCUUACCUCCACAUGAUGCAACACGUCUACCGCGCCGCUAACUACACCAGGCCCGGCUCCUACAUCAAGUGUUUCCACAACACCGAGCGGGUUCUCACACUCCACAACCACUUCCCUUUCUCCUGUCUUAAUAACUGCUACCAUCUGUCUAUACCGGAGGCAGACGCCCACCUCCAACACUACCGCAAAGAUUGUGUGGGUGAGCUGAUGAAAUCGUCGUGUCCUUACUUCAAGGCUCACACUGUCCUCGACGACCGCAUCUUAAAACUUUACAAAGAACUAAUGGUAAACAACACACUCCACACUUUUCGCCGUCUUGGUUUUUUGUAGGAGUGAUUCUCGCCGAAGAAAGUUAUUGUAUAAUAUAAUGGUAAUAUUAUCAUACUGUAUUUAUAUUUACUGAUUAGAUAAAAUCAGUGCAUUGUACAUAGUGAGUUGUUACACAAGUGAUGUUUAGAGAGUGAUCCUAGGAGCCGUAAUGUUACAUCGAAGUUUGCCCAAAUUCUGAGCAUUUUCAUAAACCCUUAAAACAGCUACAGUAUAUAACUACAGUACAGUAUAGUGAGGCAGUUUAGUAAAAAAACCCUGCAAAUUACACAACUUGCAUGGUUCAUAACUUGAAGACGGAAACCAUAUAAUAGAGUACUGUAUAAUAAAGUGCUACUGGAAUAUAUUCGGAGAGGAUCGUAUUCUUUUAUCGUAUUGAAGUCUAUUGGGAGAUCCUACUCUCUGUAUGAGGCUUUAAGUAGUGUCUCUCAGUAUAAUCUGAAUUCUAUUUUUUUUCAGUAUUUUUUGUGCGUUAGUUAAAUCAGACAUGUGUAAUCAUACAGUUUUAUGUUACUAAUAUCAUUCAUCGCACGAAAUAUUUUGAUUAGCUGUAAUGUUGUUAUUGUGAUUAUAUUGAUUUUUCAAACUAUAAAACGUCAGUUGUCUUUCAUUUAUGUUACUGCUAUCAUACUUAUCAUUUAUUGUUUUUGUCUUAGCUUCUCUUACUGUGGUUGCUAUACAAUAGAAAAAGCUCUAAUAUAUAAAUAAUUCAGGUUAUGUGACGAUCGCCGCUCCAUAGUGUUGACCGUGUGUGUGUGUAUCUGUUAUAUUGAUAGUACAUAUUGUUUAAUAAAGAUAUUAACAAAUAAAAAGCAAGAAAGAUGCAAGUCUUCCCAGUGUAAACUAUUUUGGAUUCGAUUAUUAUUAUUAUUAUUAUUAUUAUUAUUAUUAUUAUUAUUAUUAUUGCUAUAACAGCCUACUUAAUUUGUGUUUGUACAUAUGCAUAAAUGUUUAUUCCUAUAUCUACUCAGAUACUGCAAGAUGUUGUGGUUAUUUAUGUACAGUGUAACGAAUAGAAAUUGCAAAUAAAUCAUACAUUUAAUC